AGCUGCUGACGUUCCUGACCCGACCGCCACAGUCCCCGCGACACCCGCCGUUAACCGCCAUCCACCCCGGCCAGCAGCCCCCGACCCCCGACGUAGUGCCGCCGCCGAGCCCCCACCACUCCCCCUACUCUCCUCAGAGGAGCAGCCCCGGAGGUGAAGGAGGACACGGCCCAGAUGGAGGCGGAGCUCUCCUCCAGCUGCUGGCGGGAGGCGCCAGCCCCCUGCCCUCCCCCCGCUGCUCCAGCCCAUGUCAGAGGUUUAACUCGGACCCGGACUCCGCCCCGUCGCCGCCGUGCAGCCAGCAGUACAUCCUGUGUCGGGGCGACAGGACGCAGGACUCGGAGGGCGAGCGUCCCUCGUCCGUGCCCUUCCUCACGAGACACAUCCAGACCCUGAAGAAGAAGGUCCGCAGGUUCGAGGACCAGUUUGAGCAGGACAUGAACUACAAGCCGUCCCACAACGACAAGUACUCGAACCCGGAGAUGAUCCGAGUGAUGGGCGAACUGGCCAAGGCUCGCAAGCAGCUCAAAG